AUGUCGGCUACCACAUUCGCCCAGAAGGGCAUCGACGCUCUCGAAAAGGGUGACUAUGCCGCGGCCAUUUCUCAUCUCGACAAGGCACUCGAGUCUUCCAACUCGCCGGCUUGGCUCCUAGCUCGCUCCAAAGCACAUCAAAAGGCCAAAGACCUCGAGGCAGCGCUACACGACGCCGAGCUUGCCUACCAUGUCGCAGCCGAACGUGGCUCUGGAACAUCACGCAGCCACAUGAUCCAAGCCCAGUAUCGCCGUGCCGUUAUCUACUACCAACUCGGACGCUUUGCCGAUGCAGACUGCUGUGCGAAGUGGAGCAUGCUGCUUGCCGAAGGCCGACCAGCCCGCGAGGACGAUGGUGUGGAAAAGAGGGUCGACUCCGAAGGAAAUUACAUGGUCACAUACGAGGAGUAUCUUGCCGACAAGGACAACCAACCGAAACCCAAGACCUCUGAGGGCAACGCUUUCGCCGCUGCCGAGAAGGGACCUAAUGCGACAGCCUGGAACAUGGCAUUCUCGUGGAGAAGCCAGGCUCUUGGGAGGCUUAAAAACCUGCCAAAAGAUCACCCUGGCUGGAAGGUCAACGUCACCAAGAUUCCGCCUAAGCCUGAGCAGAAGAAAGCUAGGCAGCCCGAGCCUGCCAAUUCUACGAGUGAAGAUGAGGUGCAAGAGCAAAAGCCACCCAAGAAGGAGGCUCCAGCCCCUGGGUCCGUCCCCGACGAGAAGCUCAAGCUGCGUGUUGAUUUCUACCAGACCAACCAGACUCUCACUGUCAGUUUAUUUGUGAAGGAUCUCAAGAAGGAUGAUUUGAAGGUCGACUUUGGCAAACGCCAAGUUCGCAUCUCUCCGAUCCCUCGCGAAGCCGCACCUUACGUCAAGCCCGGUGACAGAGAAGCUACCUCGACACUCAUUCUCGCUGGCGAGAUUGAUCCCUCGGCCUCCAAAUGGUCUGCUUCGCCACGUAAGAUCGAGCUCGUUCUGCAGAAGGCCACACCUGGUGUUAAAUGGGGGCUUUGGGGUGAAGAAAAGAUUGGUUCAGCCGAAUUCGACGACCAACAGCCUGAUACAACAACAUCAUCUUCUGUUGCCUCGACUGCCAAGCCAGCUGCUCCUUCCGCUCCUACUCCCGCCAAGAUCCCCGCCUACCCCACGAGCAGCAAAUCUGGCCCCAAGAACUGGGACAGUCUUCCCGUUGACGACGAAGAAAAGGAUGAGGGCCAGGAUAUUAAUGGCUUCUUCAAAUCUUUGUACAAGGGUAGCACGCCUGAACAGCAGCGUGCCAUGAUGAAGAGCUUCCUCGAAAGCAAUGGCACGACACUGAGCACCAACUGGGAAGAGGUGAAGGAUAAGGUCGUUCCGACAGUUCCCCCCGAGGGAGUCGAGCCCAAGCCGUGGAACGGUUAG